GAAAUAGCUAUCUCUAUCCAUUUUUCUAUGAAGUGGGUUGGUCAAGGUGGCGUGUCUCUUUAACCUUUUUUGAAGGACGCAGCAGCUGUAUUUAUUGACGUAUGCAAAUUAAUUCAGGGGUGGUUCUCGUGAGAAAAAAAACAGGAACAAGAAUCAGUUUCACAUUGUAGUUCGGAGUUGCUGGGUGAAGGAAAGGAAAACGAUACGUGGCGAAUAUUGGUGAAUGUCGGUAUCAUCCACGUGUAUUUCCCGCAUAGCCUACAUCUGAGUGGAGCGCUGGCGUCCAAAGGCUCAGCAAACCAUGCAGGAUGAUUUACUGAUGGACAAAAACAAAGCCCAACCUCAUCAGCAGCAAGAUCCAACCGUAGAACCUCCCUCCACCCCGACCCCCUCGGAACCCACUACAUCAGAGGAGAGCCCAUUGAGUGUGAGCAACCAAGCAGCUUCAGCUCUCAACAAAGAGAAAGUGCUGAUGGAGUCUCCGAUCCUGCCGGGUUUAAAUUUUCAUCAGCCGCAGGAAACCGGUGGCACCCUGUCCCCCUCAUUUGGUAGCACUUGGUCCACUGGAACCACAAACACCGUGGACGACAAUUUUUUUCAAGGAAUACCCUCAGUGAACGGAACAAUGCUUUUCCAGAACUUCCCCCAUCACGUCAAUCCGGUAUUUGGAGGCAAUUUCUCACCUCAGCUUGGCUUGGCACAGUCUCAGCAGCAAGCCCAGCAACAGCAGCAGCCACCGCCGCAGCAACGGAGAUCCCCUGUUAGCCCCAACCAAGGUCCUUUUCCACAGAGAAAUGCAUACAGUCACCAGUCUGUCAUGAAUAGCAAGGCUUCUUCACCUGCCUCAUCUUCGGGUUGGAAUAAUCACCAGAAUACCGCUUGGAGCACAGCCUCCAAUCCUUGGAGCGGUCUCCAGGCAGGCAGGGACCCGCGGAGAGCUGUAGGAGUCGGGGUUGGCGUGGGGGUCGGUGUAGGGGUGCCGUCUUCCAUGAACCCCAUCUCCCCGAUGAAAAAGCCAUAUUCCAGCAAUGUUAUAGCACCCCCAAAAUUCCCGAGAGCUGGUCCCCUCACCCCGAAAUCUUGGAUGGAGGACAACGCCUUUAGGACGGACAACAGCAACAAUAUGAUGCCUUUUCAGGACCGGAAUCGGCCCUUUGAUGCAUUUAGCUUGCACUCUUUGGAGAAUUCCUUAAUGGAUAUGAUAAGGACUGACCAUGACAAAGGUAAACCACACCCAGCUGGUGGCCCACCAAUGACUAUCGCUGAUAUUAUAUGGAGGAAUCAUUUUGCAGGACGCAUGGGUCUGAACUUUCACCACCCCGGAGCAGAUCACAUCAUGCCAUUGAACACCAGGAGCUAUGGCCGCAGAAGAGGUCGCUCUUCACUCUUUCCGUUCGAGGACGGUUUCCUGGACGACGGGCACGGUGACCCCUCUCUGACCCCGGGGUUGAACUCGCCCACGCGCUGUCAAAACGGCGAGAGGAUGGAGCGCUACUCCAGGAAGGUGUUCGUCGGAGGCCUUCCCCCUGACAUAGAUGAAGAUGAGAUCACCAACAGCUUCCGUCGCUAUGGACACCUGGUGGUGGAUUGGCCCCACAAAGCCGAGAGCAAGUCCUACUUUCCACCUAAAGGCUAUGCCUUCUUGCUGUUCCAAGAGGAGGCCUCUGUCCAGGCCCUGAUUGACGCCUGCAUCGAGGAGGACGGGAAGCUUUACCUUUGUGUCUCCAGCCCCACUAUCAAGGACAAACCAGUCCAAAUCCGCCCCUGGAACCUGAGUGACAGUGACUUUGUGAUGGAUGGCUCCCAACCGCUGGACCCCCGCAAGACUAUAUUUGUGGGGGGGGUGCCCCGGCCUCUACGCGCAGUGGAACUAGCUAUGAUCAUGGACAGGCUGUAUGGGGGUGUGUGCUACGCCGGCAUUGACACUGACCCGGAGCUCAAGUACCCCAAGGGGGCGGGCCGUGUGGCCUUCUCCAAUCAGCAGAGCUACAUCGCCGCCAUCAGCGCCCGAUUUGUUCAGUUGCAGCACAACGACAUUGACAAACGGGUGGAGGUGAAGCCGUACGUCCUGGACGAUCAGAUGUGUGACGAGUGCCAGGGGGCGCGCUGUGGGGGGAAGUUUGCCCCCUUCUUCUGUGCCAACGUCACUUGCCUGCAGUACUACUGUGAGUACUGCUGGGCCAGUAUCCACUCCCGGGCGGGCCGAGAGUUCCACAAGCCACUGGUGAAGGAGGGGGGCGACCGCCCUCGACACGUGUCCUUCCGCUGGAGCUGAGGGGGUCGAGGAUAAGCCCUGCCCCGCGGCCCCACCCCCAACUGCCCCUCAACCCCCUUAACCGGGACAGCGCUACACCCCCCCCCCCCCUGCUCUGCACCCCCUCCCCACCACCUCAACAUCAGUGAAGAGGAUAACUAUAAAUACAUGGGUCUUUCAUUUUCAAACUACACUGCUUGAUUACGAACUCAUUGUCCAGUGUACCCUUAUGAUGACAAUAGGGUGGGGGGGAAAAAAUGAAUCGCAAAAGUCUAUCUGCUUAGAAUUUGCACUUUGGCUCAAAACUCACUAAACACGUAUGGGAUGUAAGCAAAAAACAUAUUGUGUUCAAGUCCCCUGUUCCAUGACUUGGUGGGUCAGGGUCUCCUGAUUAUACAGUUACAGUACAUAUAUAUUUAAAAAGUAUAUAUAUAUUUUUGUUUUAAAUAUAUCUAUCUAACAUAUAAAGAUAAUUAAAUUCUAUGGGAAAGGAGCAUGCACUUAUUUAAAAAAUGUUUUAGGAUAUCGCCCCUUAUAUUACCAAAGGCAAAAAUUAAAUCCAUGCAUUCAGAAAACCUAAAUAGGUGGCAUAAGAUGUAGGAAGACUAUACAUUUAUCCAGUAGUCUGGGCCAUAGAAGACCAGAUUAAAAAAAUUAAAUAAAAACAUGGCUAUAUUUGCUAUUUGCUAUAUUUGACUCUGAAAAUAGUAAAAUUAAUACCUCAUAAGACGCAAUCAGAUUUUGUUUUGCUUUUGAUUUUGUAGGUCUUUAUUUUGUUAGGACUUUAUUUUCUAGUGUUAUGUUGAUGUAAUGCUGCUGAAUAGUACUUUAUUCAGGCUAGGGUGUUAUAACAACUAUGAUGUCACCUGGUGUUAAGGAUGAUGACAGGCUAUCAUAGGGAGAGGGGCGUCCCUUACGAUGCCUAGUAUGAUGUGGGGUGGGGGAGUCGCCCCUAACUGCAUGUUAUUUUCAAUCAGGUUGCUGCAUGCAAUAGAAUUUCAGUCUCAUGUCUACUAUUCAAUUCUGCCCAUGUUUGCACAGCACCAAUAUAGAUGUACGUACAACUAGCAUGAAACUGGACUCAACAGGGAAGACAGACUGGUAAAAGAAUCCAACACCCCCCAGUGAGAAGUUAACAGCCACAGGGGCAGUAUGAGCAGGCUGCUUCUGCACAAGGUGGCUAACAUAACCAGAUGACGAAACCUUAAUAUUAAUCCUGAAUCCAAGUAGAUGUAGGAUAUAUCAUUUUAAAACUGUCUACGAUGUGGGUGAAGUACUUUUCUUUCUUUUUUUUGUUGCAGUGAUUGUUAAUAUAAUUGUGCGAUUUCUGUUAGUUUUAUACCGUACAUAGUUGGGUCUGAGUAUGCCUAUAGAACUGUGAUUUCGCUUUAAGUGUUGUUAACGUCCGACAUAGAAGUCCUGUGAAACUUCAUGAACUAGUGUAUGCACACGUGUAUAUAUACGUUCUCUCACACACACACACUCACAUUACACCGAUGGUUCUCUUUCUCUUAAACAUACAUACAUGUACAUAUACAGACCUAGUACGCACACAAAGUUUGACCCAAAUACACAGAACAUAUGACGCGCAGACUAAAGUGAGCUUGAAUCUGAGAAACACAGAACUGCUGUCUGUACUGUUGACAGGGUCAUGUCCCCCCCCAAAAAAACCAAAGAGCUCACAUAUGUUCAACUUAAACGAACCAACACAUACGGAGACCACAGAUGAUACUGUGCGAAGCAUCAAGCGCUAUGCCUGUGGGUUUAAAGGUGCAAGUUAGAAACAUUUGUACUGUUGUGGUGACAAGGCAUACGAGACAGUGAUGAGAAGACAGACAGAACAUUGAAGCUACUGGAGACUUGUGGUUUAGUAAACUGAGCUCCUUCUCAGCCUGCACAUAAAGUUCUCUGGCUACGGGGUUGUGAUAACAUUGCCAGAACAUUGUGUGCUAGCUGGGAUUUACCAUAUUUAUCCAGAUUUUCCUGCAAAGCUUGAAGUAGAAUAAUGACCUGCUAAAAUGGUGGACAUUUUUUUUUAUUUAUCAAAAUGCUAUGGAAUGGGGUGCAGUUGAAUAGGGUGGGUGGGGUGGGAGGUAUUGGGUAGUUAUAAAUGCAGGACAAAUAAACAAAGUAUUGGCUGCUGGGGUUGGUUUGGGUUUGAGCGGUGGCGUUUGGGGCUAAGUUACACUGGUUUUUAGCAGUUUUGUGGACAAUCCAGUCUGGAUCCUGCAACAUUGUGAGUUGAUGUGUCGUCUCCUUUUCUGUGUGUUGCGAUUGUCCCAUGCUGGCACCCCCGCCGUCCUCUCUCGGUUUUAGUCGCAAAACGGUUUGCUUUAGGACAAACCAUUUUGUUUGUUUCUUGUAAAAGUAAACUAAUCUAAACCGAAGAUACUUUUUUAUUGAUAGAAAAGUCUACAACAAAAAAAAGAGGCUAACCAUGAGUAAUAAUAAGUCUCCCUAUUUAAGUGAUUUCUGGGUGUUUUUGUGAGAUGUCUUUCCCCGCCCAGAAGGGUUUUCUAUGUUUGUUCCUUCUCUAUAAUAGACGUGUUAUGCACUACUCUUUGUAUCUGGACAGUUUAACAGUCAGCAAUUGUUUUUGUUGGGAGAAAAACAAAAAGUGUGCUUUCUGACUGACAUGAUCUUUUGCAAUACCUCAAUUUUGAAAUAUAUUAGGAGAGAAAUUGAUAUUUUCUAAGUUUAUUCAAAUAAAAAAAUAUAUAUAUAUAUUAAUUUAAUUCUGCCAGAGAUGAUUUAACAGGUGGUUGAUUUUAUUUUUGUCAUGCUUAUUUGCUUUUUAUUUUAAAUUUUAUUUUUUUGAAAAAACAACUGAAGGAGCUAGAGCUUUCUAACUUUAAUAUAAUGACGUAGUUAGCUGAAGUACAGAGUCUACCUUAUUACAGAGGAGGUUAGAGUGAGUUUCCCACUGGUCUUAUACCCGUGGAAGCACGGUGUCACCAAGACAAACAUAACAUGAGUGGUAGUGUUCCAAGGAAAAUAUUAGUCCUAAAAAUGGUUGUUCUAUAUAAAUAAAAGUAUAUCGGGUGAACUGAAGAUACUUCCCUUAAGAUACUUCCCUUAAGAUACUUCCCUUAAGAUACUUCCCUUAUUUUGUAUAUUUAUAAUCAGUCAUUUACUAUGCUGACCAGAAUUGUGAAAGAGAUCUUCUGUUCAUGUUAUUUUUUUAAGAACUUUUUUAUGUUUCCUAAAAGUAUGCGUUUCAUUUUGUUUUGUAAAAGCAACACCCUAAUUUUGUUAGCCUGAGAUUGUUUAAAAAAAAAAGAGACUUGAUGAGGUGGAGAGAAAGGAAUGUUUAAAAAAAUAAAAAUGAUUAAGAGAUACAAGUGUUUCAACUGUAACUUGUUCGAAAGCCCCCAAGGUGCAUCAAUUGACUGGUAGCCUUCUAUUCACGCAAGACUUGAAUUAGUCCCAUUUUUUUUAAGGCUAAGAACCUCGAUUCUUUGUUGUAAUGUGCAAUACUGUUUGUACUGUUUGUAAAAAAAUAUAUAUAUAUAUGAAAAAAGAAAGAGGCAAAUCUUUAUUGCAGAUUUAUUUUCAUUGCAAGCAUUGUGAUUCACUAAAAUCAUUUUCUACUGUGUAUUUACCUACUCUACAUGCUAGUACCUUCCAGUAGUAAUGUAGCCUUUGUACUGAGAAAUUUUUCAUUAUUUUUAGAGAUUUUUGCUAAAAAAGAAAAUAAUUUAAACAUUUACGUAUUUUUAUUUCGUAUUUUCUUUACAGACUUAUUCCUCAACCAUUAAUAGUUAUUUCUGGGGGAGACUUUCAUAUCUGGUCAAUGUCAUUAAUAUUAUUUUAUAUUUUUACUUGGAAUAAAAUCAUUUUAUGAUGCUAAUUCUUUAAAAAAGUUACUUUUUUCAUUUGUUCACUUUAUUUUAUUUUUGGAAGCUGAAAAACCUUUGUAAUAUUGUUACUUAAGUGUGUAGAUUUUUUAAAUGCAAAGCUUAAGGUGUUAACUCGCUGAUGUUGCUUACAUUAGUGUGACGAUGAUUUAAGGAGGGGGGAGGGAAGAAAACUAUUACGGUUGGUAUUGUUAAGUGAUUGGCAAUGUAAAACAAAUGAACGGGCAAUAAAAUGAAAAGGCAGAAUGUGGUAUGUUGUGAUGUUGUGGAAGCUGGACAAUGCUACUUACCACUCCUACUGCUUCUGCUACUGCGGUAUAACCCCACCUUGUAUAGUCAAUAACAUUGUAUGGCCAAGAUGUCACAACACUUCCACUGAUGUGAAACAUCACAUUAAUACCUUUUUAAAACGUUAAUCAUGCUACAUGACCCUCCCUUUAGUUUCAGAUGGUGAGUAAACUCCUGUAGGAACCUGAAAAGUGGCUAUGUGCACCGGUGAGAUUGUAUUUAAGAAUGAUUGUAAAUGUUAAGAUGAACUGUAUAAUUAAGUGGAGGGUGUGACUUGUUGGAAUUUAUUCCUGAUAAUAGGAGUCAUACAUCUAAAUCUUGGCAUGUUUUCUUUCUGUCCCCAAACCACCUAGAUUUCUUUAGUCACAGUUUAGUGUGUACGAACUGGCCUUAGAUUUCAAUUUGAGCCAAGAUACACUAACAUGUGGUGCGUUCUUCAGGGAUGGCAUUAACCUGAUUUUUGCCCUCAUAUCCAUAGACUAUUGGUCCAUAUGAAGUGUUGUGACAUCACCACUUCCUGUACUAUAGUAUUGUCAUCAAUAAGCGGAAAAAAACACCAAUGCAAAUGCUGGUCUGAGAAUGUUAUUUCUAGCUUGCCUUUUCUACCAGUUUGUACAGGUAGUGUUCUACUAAUUAACUUAAUCUCGUACUCACCCAGUGCUUUCUCCCAAGGGUCAGUAUUACAGUUAUACCACCAAGUAUUUGUUAUUACAUUUUAUUUAUUUGUUAAGCAAACACUAUACCCUGGCAAUAUUAAACUAUGUGCAACUGAAAGGGACAGUUUGGAUAAAAUGGAAAUCAUGUGUGGUGGAGGAAAUUUCAUAUACCUAUUUCAUAACGCUUCAUGAAUGUUCUCUCAGUAGGCACUUCAUUUUGUGAUCUAAAAAAAUAUUUAACUUGCUCAAGUUUUUUUUUCUCAGACAAAAUCACUACUUUUUAAAAGUGAAGUGUUCAUUCAUUUUUCAAAGUAAUACUUAUUUGUUUGAUUACUGGUUCUAUCUUGACAAGGCUUUGAAAUUGUUGACUUGGACCUAUGCUUGUCUGAAUUUGCAGUAUAACUAAUAAAAAAAACGGAGCUCUAUGCUGCUAAUGCUUACUACUACUGCUUCAAGGUUGUAGUUCCCACCUUUUCCCUUUUUCUGUACUAAUAAGCAAGUCUUAUUAAAUAUAGUUGUAUGACGCUG